CUGUGAAUGUAUGACCUGUACACGAAUUUUCCUGAGUUAUCGUCUUUUAAACCGGAAAUUGAAGGUCUUUCAUCCUCGGUCCGCGAUAUAAUCAAAAAGAUUGUUUUGGCCGUGAACAGACGUGCGAAUUAUUACCACUUUAACUACGAAAAGGUCAAGGAGGAGAAUGGAAACCUAUGGAAGAAGAUAAAUGAAUUGAAAAAAGAAAAUAUUAAACUGAUAAGCAGGCUAGAGGCAUACAAGAAUGACAACAACGAUGACCUGGGUGUUGAACAUAUAAGUAUGGCGAAUGUUGAUGGUGCUGCGUUAUUUGGAGGGGAGAAAAUGGAUGAUUACCAGAGAGCCGGCAAUUUCCAAAGUGAGGUGCAUAUUAAUGGCGAGAGCAAUGAAAAGAGAAACAGCGGAGCGAUAGUCAUCGAUAGCAGAGAUGAUGGCGAUGAAAAGAACGGAAAUGAAAAAAUGGAGGAUGCAUUUGGUGUCAAUUUUACUAACAUAGAUGAGAACAAGAAAGAUGGAGGAAGUACCUUAAGGGAUAAACGUGUAUCAGUAGGGGAGUCAAACGAUAGCAUACACAACAAAUCGAUGGAAAACAACUUUUUGGACUCGCAUGCGUCCCAAGACGAUGGAAGUUUUAACACGUCGUUUUUUUCAAAUCCUCUGACUAUAAUAAAUUUACAGAACACUAUUUACCAGCUGAACAAAGAAAAUAUUUUACUAAAGGAUAAAAACGAAAGAUUGAGCAAGGAAAUAUCAUUUGUACUGGAUGAUGGAGCAACAAAUAGGACUGGGAGAACGGUAGAUACAUAUGUAAAUGAUUACUAUGACGUGAUAGGGUUGCUAAAAAAUAUGUGCAGGCUUAAUGAUUCACUAAAAAAUGAAAACGUCAGGUUGGAGGCAUCUCUUAUUUUUGAAAGAAAAGAAAGGGAGAAGUUAGUUUCGGAGUAUAAAAGUGCUAUAAGCGGGCAGCUUGAUCGCCUCAAAAGGGAGAACACGGAGCUACGAAUUGCUGAUGAGCGCCUAGGGAGCGAGUUAACCAGUGUGAUGGACAAAUGUAAACUACUGGAGCGAAGCAAUGAGGAGUAUUUUAGUAGAUGUAAGUUCAUGGAAGUAGAAAAUUAUGAUUUGAAGUUCAAGAACAGUAUUUACGAAGGACUCGAGCGAAAAUUAGAAGACAAAAAUUUUGAACUUCGGACGUAUGAAUAUAAACUUAAAGAAAAAGAGAAGGAAAAUGAGCGAUUAGGAGAAAUGUUGAAGGAUAGAGAGGAUAAAAUACAUUCUAUGCUCGUAAAAAAGCCGUUUAGACAGAUAUUUUUGGAUUAUAAGCAGAUUUUUUAUCAACUGCGAGAAGUCAUUCAUGGUAUGAUUACCAGAACUGUGGAGGUUGAGGCUUUGGUACAAAAAUUGAGCAAGGUAAGCAAAACCGAGAUCGCCAAUAUUCGAAGUGUUGCAGAUGCGAGAGAAAGGAUGGCUGUAACGUGUAGAGAUGAGGCGAAUGAGAGUUUAAAGAAAGUGGAACAAGUGAACGAGAUGCUCCAUCAGAGUAAUGAACGUAUGCGGGUAAUGACAGAUGAGAUUGAAAAUCUCAAAAAAGAUGAAGCCAGUGCGAUCAAUAAACUAAAUGAAAUACAAGAAGAAAAUGCAGACCUUAAGAACAAGAUUGAUGUGCUUCUAGUGCAAAAGAACACGUUUAUUCAAAACAAUCAGGGUCAAAUUGUGAAAUUACUGGAAAUAGAGAGAAAGGAAAACGAGAAAGAGCUGCAAAAAUACAAAAAAAUGGUUGCGGAUGUCGACUUGGGCAAAGUUAUGGAUGUCAAGACGCUUAUGAAGCAAUUGGAGGAAAGCAGAGGUGUUAUUGACGGCUUAGAGAAGGAUAAGAGGGAUAUUAAUGAUCAGUUUAACGUUGAAAAGAAGCGCAUUGCAGACUACUAUGCACAGGAGUUACAAAAGGCUAAGACGGCAAUUGAUGAUUUAAGUGGAAAACAGCAUUUUUAUAUGGCAAGUUUUGAGGAAAUAAGGAAUUUUGUGCAGAGUAAUUUUAACAUAAAUGUUUGUGACUUUGGGCAGCUCAAGGAAGUGAUUUUGAACUUGUCAGAGAAAUGUAGCAAGUUGAAUGACGAGUUGGAGACAAAGGAAAGAAGCAUAGAUAAUUUUAAAAGCAUCAUAGUUAAGCUCCGAUCGGUAAACGAGAAGAUGCUAAAAAGAAUCAAAGAAUAACCACCAAAAUAGUGUAAAUAGUUAAAAACACGUGAAAUAUAAUGAAACAAAACCUAAGAUGAACAAAGCGUAUUUGUCGAUUAAAACUAUUUCCAUACAGUGUUCAAAAAUGUACUACGUACACCGGCAGUCAAUAUGUGAUGUUUAAUCACUUUGACCUUAAAACCUGUCAAAUGCACGUAUUGCAAUUUAAGAAUUUGAGGUUCUGCUUGUUUUAUAAGUUGCCAAAGAUAAUUUUCAUUUAUUGUGACGUAUAGGAAGUAUCUUUGCAAGUGGAAGUCUCUAGCAACCGAUGUGACACAAAGACAUAACUAAUAAAGCGUAGUAGGACACUGUUUUAUAUCCUGGGUGCUAUAUCAACGAUAUUUUAAUUUUACAGCUCGCGGUUGAAGUCCUCAAAUCCCAUAAAAUACUUAUUGGCAGCGUUUUUCAGUUCUGUCAAUUUGCUUAUUAAUACAUGCAUAUCCUUCUGAUGCUGGUUCAUAACCUGUACCAUUUUAAAUUCAAG